UUGUUCAUCCAAAUACCUUUGGCAGGUGUGACUGUAGUUUGGAAACUUUAUUUGUGUCAUCUCUCUCGAUUCAACAUGUUUUUUGUGCUCCAUAAAAAUUUCCUUCAAACAGUUAUCGAUGUUUAAAACUUUUGUUGAAAAUGUCUCUUUCAUUUUAGAACUCAUAGCUCUAGACAUUUUUGUAGUGUGUGUUAGAAAUGUCUAAAUCAGUGUGUAUUUUAGUUUCAUGUUUUUGUACCUCUAUUUUUAAAUCGAAUAUAGUUGCUAGUGAAGUGGACAAUGUUUUGAAAACUGUAAGUAGUGAUUUUAUUGAACUGAACGAACCCAGUUUUCUCAGCAAUGAAGCCUAUUCGAACGUUUCGCGAGUGAAGAAGCAGCAGGGAAUCUAUUUCCCCAGCAACAGGGAGCCUCUGGAAGUUGGCGAUCUAAAUUACAAUGGAAACGGCUUCCAAAAUUAUAAUCCGCGAAUGAAUUCUCCCCAAAUGUACAUGAACACCGGUGGUAACCGCUACAUACCGCCCUCCUACCUGGGUCGUCAGGGUCAACAAGGGUUACCCCCCAACUUUAACCCGAAUAUUUUCGGAAUUCCGCCGCCCGGGCCGCCCAUAGUAUUCGACUACGUGCUAACAGCUGACCGACUGAAACUGAUUCGCAGCAAACUGAUGUAUCCCUACUCAGACACGGGCGGAGAUGACGGUUAUGGCGACUGGCAAAAAGACAUACACGACUCCACACCCAAGAUUCACAAAAACUUCAAUUUUCAACUGCCGUUCUUUGGAUUUCGCUACAACUACACACGGCUUUCGAUGCAUGGAUUCCUGGAGUUCAGUGACCCUCCAGAGCACUACACUUACCCGCUCGUUUUCCCCAACCGUGAUUGGCCCAAGAAAAACGAUCCAGCCUUCAUCGGAAUAUUUUUUAGCAAGUGCCGUAUUGGUGAGAAACGCGAGACAAUCGAUCCAAGACCUGGAGUUUAUUUUAGACUGGAGAGAGAUCUAAUGGCUCGCACAGACCAAGAAGGCGUGGAGAUGAGAGAGAGGUUGAAAGCCGAUUUGAAGGAAGGUGUGGUAGGUGCCGACAACUUUAUUCCCAAACACGCUGUAGUUGUAACAUGGAAGAACAUGUCCUUUGCCGGAGGAAUCGAUAACUCUCUGUACAUCACAAAUACGUUCCAAUUAGUAUUGGCCACGGAUGAGGUAUUCACUUAUGCCAUAUUCAAUUAUUUGGACCUGCAGUGGACAAGUCAUACAGAGGCGGGAGGGGAUACAACUGGUGGGGAGGGAGGAACUCCUGCUUUUGUAGGAUUUAACGCAGGCAAUGGGACCAGAGCUUACGAGUACAAGCCCUAUUCACAGGCAUCCACCAUUCGCGAUUUGACCGGCAGAGGCUACUGGGGAAACAAUAACACCGGAAGACACAUUUUCAGAAUUGAUGAGAACAUACUGCCAGGAACUUGCAACAAAGAUAUUGCUGGCACACGCCUGAAGUUAACAUUUGCUCCAGAAAGUGGUAAUAUGCUUGGAGGAACAGCGGUCAAUAUUACAGGACCAUGCUUCAAGCCUGACACUAAAAUUAGAUGCAAGUUUGAUAUAGAGAAUGUGGAGGGUGUGGUUAUUGAUACAAAUAGAGCCACUUGUGUCCAGCCGUUCCUGAUGGCGCAAGGAUAUGUUCUAUUUGAAGUUGCCAUUGAUGAUGGCGCUUACAAUUGGAAAGGGAAAUAUUUUGUCGAGACUCCUGCCACAGCAACCCAGAAAAUUUUCUUUGAAACAAAAGCAGUUCACGAAAAAUACCCCAAAGAAAUAAUGAUUAGUUGGAACAAGUACAACUUGACUAGAAGUGCUAACGCCAAUGUGAAAAUUUCUCUAUGGGGCUACAAGGAAACCACUAUCAAACCGGAGUUGUUGUACAUUGAUCUUUUGGAGGAUAAUGUUCCGAAUACAGGAUUAUACAGAAUCGAUCCAAGUAUGUACACACAGAGACGAAACUAUGCUGUCAAUGAUCUGAGAGUCGGUUUCAUUCACAUCACCCUUAGUCAGGGCGAUCAACCCCGUGGUAUUGCUCCUGUGCUGUGGAGCCGGCCUAUCCCGUUGGCGUGGUACUUUGCGGCGCAAUGGGAGUCUAUGUUCGGCAGCAACUGGGCUGAUCGCAUGUGCAAUGAUUGGCUCAUGAACGACCGAUAUCUCAAGAACUUCGCGGCCGACAUCCCACAAUGCCCCUGCACCCUCGAGCAGGCCCUGGUCGACAAGGGACGUUUCAUGCCCGACUACAGCUGUGAUAGGGACUCCAACCCCGACUGCCAGUACCAUAAGGGGGCCAUUCAUUGUGUCAGGACUGGAUCGCCAAGCAUGGAAGGUUCAGAACAGCAAUGCUGCUACGACAAAAAUCAUAACCUGAUGUUGUCCUACGACCAGCAGUGGGGCUCCAGACCUCGACGCUCCCACAAUCUCGGCUAUAUUCCCUGGAAUGAAGCAAACAAAGUUCCGACGCUAUCGCAAUGGUUCCAUGACAUGAGUCCAUUCUACUUCUGUUGUCUGUGGCAAGAAGAGCAGUCAGUUGGCUGCGAAACAUUCAGGUUCGAGCGACGACCUUCACAGGAUUGUGUGGCUUAUCAGGGACCUGGAGUAGCUACUGCAUUUGGUGACCCUCACAUUAUCACCUUCGACGAUGUUGCAUAUACUUUCAACGGUAAGGGGGAGUUUGUUCUCGUUCACACGGAUCCUGAGAGAUUUAAAUUUGACGUGCAAGCCAGAUUCGAGCAACUGUCGAACAAUUCCAGGGGUGAGGUCCGUGCUACUCAGAUAACUUCUAUAGCUGCUAGAGACAAUACGUCAUCAAUAAUUGAAGUGAGACUACGACCACGGUGGGCUCAGUGGAGGUACAGGCUGGAUGUGUUCGUGGAUGGCAGACGAGUCUACUUCGAUCGGUCCGCUUUGAGAGUGCAACACUUCUCAGGUGUAACAGUCUACACACCUCUGUACGUUUUGGAUCAACAUGAAGUUAUCAUGAUGUUCCAGUCAGGAGCGGGGGUUGAAGUGAUUGAAAAUAAAGGUUUCAUGACUGUCAGAGUCUACCUGCCUUGGCAAUUUAUUAAUCAGACAAGUGGACUAUUUGGAAAUUGGAAUUUUGAUAAAUUCAACGAUCUCCUACUUCCUGGUGGAGGGAGUGUCAACAUUGCUACUCAACCAAACAGCUUCAGAGAAUAUCAUGAACAGUUCGCUAUAAACUGGCUGUUAGUGGACAGAGAAGAGAAAGAAAAAGGAUCGUCUCUUUUUGUCCAUGAAAGUGGCAGAACGGCCAGCUAUUAUGCUGACAAGGGAUUUCAACCCGAGUACCAAGCGACUCCUCAACAAAUUAUACCUCAAAACAGGUCAAAGGAAUGGGCAUUGAUUGAUGCAUUCUGUGGAAACUCUUAUCAAUGCAAAUACGAUUACGCAGUCUCUUCAGAUAGAGACAUGGCUUACUACACCUUAAUGUAUCAGGCAGCUUUCUCACAAAUCAAAAAGACAUCUCAAGAAAGAGUUAUAACGUGUGGAAUUUUGGAAACACCGAGAUUUGGCAGAAAGAGCAAUUUUCUGUUCACUCCUGGAACGAAGGUUACAUUCGAGUGUAACCAGGGUUAUAUAUUGAUCGGAGAUCCCAGAAGAACGUGCACGUCGGCUGGCAGAUGGGAUCCACCCCUUUUCGGAUACACUGAAUGUUUACGUGAAGAAGAGUACGAUAUGCGAGCCAUAGGCAGCACCACCAUUUAUGUCCUACUCAUUUUACUGCCAUUGCUAUUGCUGUUGAUUUGUGUGGCGUCUUAUGCGUUCCGCAAGUACCGUAAGGGCGAGUCUAUCGAGUCCUGGAACUACAUCACCUCCAGUCGACGAGCCUCCUUGACACGGAGAGAUUCCGUUGCAAAUCUGACGCAACGGAGAGAUUCCGUAUCAAAUCUUACGCAACGGAGAGAUUCCGUUGCAAAUCUGACGCAACGUUACAACGAGCAGCAACCGCUUUCCGAAAUGAGCAGUCCAACAUCCACAUCGUCAAAUUCUGACAGAAAAUCGCGUCCCCUAACUUACGACGGGGUCUACCUUACCAACGAACCUAUACCGGGCAAACCACUGGUAGAAUUCGAGCCGAAAGUGUGGGAUAUUACUGAAGACGACGUGUUUUCCAUACCUAAAAACAGUAGUAGGCCUACAUCAACUGUGGGUAGUUUACAAAGCUUGGCCAAGAAACUUUCAGGGAAUAUCCCUUCAAAGAAAAAUGCUAAACCUGUAAGUCCGCCAUCUUUACCCGCGAUUUCAAAAAGUCAUUAUGUUUCGGAUCGUAGUGGUAUGAGUCAGACACCUUCUCCUUCGUCUUCUUCUACACAUCACAGUACAAGAGCUUCUCUGGGUUCUCUACCGGCCUCACCGCAGGCUUCCAUGAUGAAACGUUCACAAAGUAUUGAAACCGAUAUAUUUUAGGGUUUAAUAGUUACUUGAGUAUCAAAAGACUAAAGGUCAUCUUACGGACUGAAUGGGAGCAAACUAGACAUCCAGGGACAAAAGCUGACAUUUCUCCCUAAGAAUUGCCAUUUCAAGACGACAUUUCCCUGGAGGAAAAAACGUCUUUAGUCCUGUGAUGCACAUACCAUUUUCCCUACACCUGCACCAAUAAUUAAAUCAAUUAUAUUAUUUUGUUUCAAGAAAAGUAUUUUUUCUUGUCAAUUUCACCUAACUUGUCUCAAAGUUGAAAUUGAUGGAAAGUGACGUGAAAAACACUGGCCGCCAGUAACUUGCUGUCUCCACAUUACCUGUUUAUAAGCUGACUUGAAGACAAGAUAGAAUUAUGACGAUGACAUUUGAACCCACAUGUUCUCAAGGCAGUAUUGUCUAUGCCAUACUAUCUAAAUGAGAUUACUCUAGUCAGUAGGGAGUAAAAUAACAAUUUCACUUCCUAAGGACAAGAAUUAGUAUUUCAAUAUUUUCAUCCAUAAAGUAAAAUACAUCUUCGAAUCGUGGGCAGAGAAAACUUAAUAUUUCUAUACGAUUUGAUACAAACUAGUACAGCAAGGUUGAUUUUAUAAGGUUUAAACGAACAGUUUCUAAGAAACUAUAAUUUAUAAGAAACUAUUCACACAAAUUUUAUCAAAGAGGACCAAGAGAUUGAACUAUGUGGUAAUCUUAAAUCUUACUGCUCAGCAAUCCAAUUUUUUUUAUCUCCAUGUCCAAAUAAUUAUUUUAUUCAAUUGAAUUGAAUUUGGGUUAAUUUGGCAAGUAUUGAUAGUUUGUAUCCCAUAACACUGAUGAUGUGGUUGUUGGAUUGCGAAUAUAUUUUGUGAUUAAAUCCAAUUUCUAGUACCUAUUUUAUUUGUGGAAAAUCUGCUUCUCUACAAUAAACAUCUAUUCCACAAAGUGUUACAGUUGCGGUGAAUUAUAAUUUUUUUACAUGAAUGUUCCAUUGUCGUUUAAAUUGAACAUGAAUAUAAAAUAAUACAGUAUAUUCUAAAUAAUAUACUGUAUUUGUUCAACAAACCAAAAUAAGUCUUAUGAUCACUACCAAUUUCAAAGAGCAAUAAUGCAAUACAACAAAAUAGCGAUGGCAAUAAAAUCAGUUGUGACUUGAAUGAAAUCUUGUGGAAUGGAUAUUUAUUGUAAAGUUCAGAUUAAAUUACAAGAACUUCAUACACAUUGUAGCUUGUUAUUAUUUACUCUUUUAUAAAUAAACCUAUUUUUCAGUUA